AUGGACGUCGAAAGGACUAUCAGAGCCCUCAAACCCCUUGACGGGCAAGUGGUCCCCAUUCGAACAGUUCAAGAAACAAGGCCCCAGGAAGAAUUCGGCGAUGCCUUUGUCGCAGAAGUCAAUGUGAAGUCUGCAUCCAAGGUGAUCAAGGCUAUCGACACGGCUUUCCCUAAAGACCCUUCCCUCCCUCUAUCCCACCUCCGUCGCUUCGCCAAAAGAGAAAUGCUCCCGCCGCCGCUGAAGGCAGCCAUCGAAAGCCAGAGCGUUCCUCUAGCGGCCCAGACACAAACCAUCUUCGUCCUCAUAUCGCCUCCAUUGCCUGAUAUCACCACACUCAAGGCCCUGCUCGCUCCGUUUGCGCCGAACACAGCGCCGGCCCCAAUUACGAAUGAAGUGCCAGAAGAAGCUUCACACUCCGAUCCUCUAACUCCUAAUAUUCAACUUCACCCCAUCAAAAUCCCCGUUUGCCCUCCCUUCAACACAACUCAAGCUGAAACAUGGACCAAGACCCUCUGGCCAGUCGUAUUCAACCCAGCCGCACCCCGCUCAACUGUCGCGCCGCCCCCUCAAACCCUAAAACGCGCACAAGAAUCCAUUGAACCACGGGCAGGGUACUAUUUAUCCCUAGCGCGCAAAGUAGCAGAGGAAGCAGAACAAUCCGGGCUAGGCCGCGGCGUAGGCGCAGUGAUAGUUGACCCUGCCAUCGAAGAAAAAAUAACCGAGGCAGAUUAUGGAGCCGGAUAUGACACUACGGCAGAAUGGGACGAAGCAGUCCUCGCAGUUGCCGGUGAUGCGCGGUACUCCCGCUCUGAGGCGGGCGCGCCAUCCCAGGCCCAGCUGCACGCCGGGGUAUCGCCGAACCCAGCGAGCAAGACAUACAAUGCGGAUAUCGAGGGCGGGCCUGAACUGCAUGCUCUGAUGCGUGCUGUCGAGCUUGUUGCUCGCUGGCGCCGAGAACACGAUCGUCUUGACGGCGUCCCUGCAUCAACGACUACUACAGAUCCGUUGAAGUCAGAACUAGAACAGCCAGAGCUGAGUGCCUUCGAAUCAUACUUCUUAUACCGUCCCCGUCCUGGUACAUCUGCCAACGUCUCAAACCCACCUCAGUCUCCGUCCUCCCCGUUGAAGAGGAAGCACAACGACUCUAACCCUGAAUCCGACUUGACGAUCGACCCCUCUACGGACUCUUCUAAAUCUCAGCUCCACCCACCUCUUCCCGCUCCUCCCCCAUCUACCGUGCUACUUGCGGAUUCUUCUACCCCGGCGACAACGCUCGCAGCCCCGCGCAUUCGCACCCGCUCGCAGGGUGGCUACCUCUGCACAGACUUGGACGUCUACCUUUCCCAUGAGCCGUGCCUGUGUUGCUCUAUGGGCAUGCUUCUUUCACGAUUCCGGUCUGUUAUCUUCCCCAGACGUGGGAGGUUAGAGAGUGGUGGCCUGUCCUCUGAGCCAGUUGUUGGUCCUGUUCCCGAUGAACUUGAACCGGCUGCAGAGGCUGAUGCUUCCGCGUUUGACGGACAGGACGAAAGGGGGUACUAUGGGCUUCAUUGGAGGAAGGAGUUGAACUGGAGGGCUCUUGGGUUUGAGUUUGUGGAGGAUGGGAAUGUGGAAAUGAGGAGCGAGGCAGUAAUGCCUGUCUUCCAUGCUUGA